AUGGACGAUGCGUUUACCAUGAAGUAUGUAUCCGAAAAUGGAACAGAAAGCAAUGAUACGACGUCGGAGCUGUGCCGUGAAUUCCCAUUUGAUGUUGGUGAAGCCAAAAAACCCGUUGCCGGGACUUUUGGUGUCAAUAGUAAACGCAAAGAGCGCACCGGUGAUUUGCGAUUGGUGAUGGAGCCUCAAAAUCCUUCUCCGACAAAAUAUUUUGACAACAACGGCGUACCGCUGCGAAAGGCCCUAGAAGAAGGUCACCUUGGCGAUGUGGAACUAGAACCUGAGCGAAAUGUCGAUCGAAAGAAGGGAAGCAAAGUUUCUAUCGAAUGUUGUAAUUGUGAUAAAACGUUUGCAUCGCAAGCAGCGUACGAGCAGCAUUAUCGCACGAGCUACCAGCAGGAGCCAGUCUACGCGUGUCCUGUGUGUGGAAAGCGCAUAAAGCAGUACAGGGCGUAUCGGUUGCACAGCUAUCGGCACAUGAACAGCGCCAAACACUGCUUUACGUGCCCGGAUUGCUCGAAAACGUUCCAUCAAAAGUCGGAUCUCACCCGUCAUCAAAAUAUUCAUCUACCGAACAAUGCCGGAACGUCCCGCGAUCGUAUUGGAAAAGUUGAUGAUGCGAAAACGCAACCUAUACCAUGCUCACGGUGCGAUGCUACAUUUGAAACGCAAGCCGAAGCAAAAGAGCACACUCGGAAGUUCCACCGUAUACCCAAGCAAAUGGUCGAGUGUCCCGAUUGCGGAAAAUCGCUUUCCAUGGGUAGCCUGUACUCACAUCGCAAAAUACACUCGGAAAGCCCGAAAUUUUCCUGCUCGGAAUGUGGCCGAAGGUUCGUACAAAAAAUCAACCUGAUCCAGCACCACAAAACGCACCUCGGCGAGCGACCGUUCCAGUGCGAACAGUGCGAUAAAGCUUUUUGUGAAAAGGCGCACCUUCAGCGGCACCUGAAUUACCAUUCGAAAGAGCGGCCGUUCCGGUGCAACCUGUGCGGGAAGAGCUACAAAACGGAACGCUGUCUCAAGGUGCACUCGGCCGUACACAACAACGAGCGACCGUUCGUGUGUCCCGAGUGCAACAAGGGCUUCCUCAGCAGCUCGAAGCUACGCCAGCACAGCAACAUCCAUUCCGGAUUGCGACCGUUCAAGUGCAAGUACUGUACGCGUGAUUUCACCAACUUCCCCAACUGGUUGAAGCACAUCCGGCGCCGACACAAAGUCGAUCACCGAACGGGCGAAAAGCUGGACAGCGUACCAAAGUUUAUGACGAAGAACAAGAAAGACGCCGAGGGAGGACGCAAAAAGGAACCACAACCGCGGUCCGGAGUCAACGAAAAGCCGCGGAAACGAACGGUGAAGUCUGCGAUCCCGCCCCCGGAGGUGCACAAGGAGGAAUCGCUGCCGUACUUUAGCGAAAGUUCAAACAUUGAUCUCAACUUAGUGUGUAAGGAUGAUCUGCUGCAGCCGCUGGCAGACGAAAUGGAGGACAUCUUCCAAUGUUUGCCGUCCGAUGAGUCCAAACUGAGUAUUCCGGAACCGCUGGAGCAUCUGUGCACGAACAGCAACGGCGAUGGACCCGCGGAGUUACAAGAGGAUUGUGAUUUUAGCGUUAAAAGUCCCACCAUUAACCCGAACAACCUCUCCAGCGAUCUCAUCAAGUACGAACCUCCCAGCAACGCACUGCUCGGUUAUGGGAGUGAAAGUCUUGCCGGCCCGCUGCUGUACGACGCCCAGCUGCCCGUGUUUCCGGCCAUGGUGUCAUUCUGCAACGAUGACCAGCAGUUCCGGUUGAUCAACCCGCAUUUCAUACAUCUAAGCAAUACCACUUUUCUCGCCGGAAACUCCAAAAUGCCACCGGACGGUGGUUCGGUGGCGGUUUCGAUCAGCGAACGACUUCAAUAGACUGGCUCUUUGAGAGAAAACUUUUUAACCUUUUAUUGUACAUCCAAUAAUUUUAACCCUGCGGAAGGCGAUAGGAGGCUAGUGAUUAGAUUGGGUACGAUUAUCGAGUGGCAAUUUUAAUGAAGCACGUGUAAGCAACAUUUGCUAACAUCAAUGGCAGUACAGCGUGACUAGCGAGAACCUGGGGACACAUUCUCGCUUUUAAUGCACCAAAAGACGGUCGGUGGGAAAAUUUUAAAUUCUAUCAUAAGCAGAAGAUGGUAUAUUUUAUAACAUAUAAAUCUACAAAUGCUGGUAUGCAGCUAUUAGUUGAUAAGAUUUUUUUUACAACAAAACUCACCUAAAGAAACAAAAU